AUGGCAAAUUCACCUUCUAUUGUUAGCUUUUCCCCUAAACAAAAUUUACCAACAGACUUGUCCAUUACAGAGGAAGCAAAGGGUUACUCUGCACAAGAAUUCCCUCCAAGAGAUUCCGUUUCCCCGUCGUACUACCAACAAAUAAUAGCAGAGAUUUUGGGCACUUAUGUUCUUGUUUUUGCGGGUUGCGGUGCUGCUCUAGUUGAUCGAGAGAAGACACUUACAGUUGUGGGUUUAGCAAUGGUGUGGGGACUGGCUUUGAUGGCGAUGAUAUAUGCACUUGGCCAUGUUUCUGGUGGGCACUUCAACCCUGCUGUUACCAUUGGCUUUGCAGCCGCGCGAAAACUUCCACUCGUUCACGUACCGUUGUACGUUUUAUCUCAGUUUUUGGGUUCAACACUUGCAUGCCUCACCCUGAAAGUACUAUUCAAUGACCAAGCUGAUAUACUACCCACUCUAACUCGUUAUUCCAGUUCAACUACUGAUCUUGAAGCUAUCAUAUGGGAAUUCAUCAUCACUUUCGUUCUUAUGCUCACGAUACGUGGAGUAGCUUCUGAUGAUAGAGCGAAUAAUGAACUGGCUGGAGUUGCUAUUGGAGCUACAGUGUUAUUCAAUGCCCUUGUUGCAGGGCCGAUUACUGGAGCUUCUAUGAAUCCUGCAAGAAGCAUAGGUCCAGCAAUAGUCUCUGGUGUCUAUAAAAAUCAAUGGGUGUUUGUUGUUGCUCCCAUUCUUGGAGCCAUAGCUGCAAGCCUGAUAUACAGUCUUCUCCAGCCAUGGAAGGCGGGAAAGCAUAAAGAGAGUGCUAGAAGUACAUACAAUGAUCUAUAUCUAUGUCCCGAGGCAUGA